GUGUGUGCAGACAGGUUCGGUCCGCUCCGUUAUGUUUACCGUCUAAUCUGAGGAUCCGAGGCCUCUGAGUGUUCAACGUUCGGCCCGAGCAUCGACGCGUUUUCCUGCCGUUUCUACAUCCUGUAGUCGGUGUGAAUUUACUCCGUUUUUAAUUAAACAUGGAGUCCGCGGAGGGCGGGGAGGAGAAGACGGGCUCCGUGUCCGCGGCUCAGAGGAGAGCCGAGAUCCGGAGGAGGAAGCUGCUCAUGAACUCAGAGGAUCGGAUGAACAGGAUCGUGGGCUACGCCAAAAACGAGUCUGAAAACAACGGAGCGUCUCGGCGUCCCACAGAGCCUCGCUUCCACCUGGACCUGGACAGGACAGAGCCAUGGUCCUCGUCCUCCACCAGACCGUCCCCCUUCCUGGCCGAGGCCUCGGGUCUCGGCAGCCGGUCACACGGCGCCACCCCCGAGCGGAGGGGCUCCCCCCUGCCGGACUGCGGCGAGGCCUCCCUCCCUCUGGACGACGACGUCGGCGGGCUCCGGCAGAGGCCGAGGGGAGAGUGGGCGUCCGGCGACGUGGGCGGCUCGCCACGCCGAGGCCUCCAGAAGUACCUGUCUCGUUUCGACGACGCCAUGAAGCUGCGGGGUCAGCUGGCCAAUGAGAAGCCCGCCCAGGACGGCGGGUCGGAGGCAGAGGAGCUGGAUCCCUUCAGGAUCUUCAGGCUCGUCGGCAGCGUCCUCCUCGCCGUGUUCGUCCGUGUUUUUGUCUGCAAGUAUCUGUCAAUAUUCGCUCCCUUUCUGACUCUGGAACUGGCCUACAUGGGAUUGUCCAAGUACUUCCCCAAGGUGGAGAAGAAGAGCCAGACCACCGUGCUGACGGCGGCCCUCCUGCUGUCCGGCAUCCCCGCCGAGGUCAUCAACCGCUCCAUGGACACGUACCGCAGGAUGGGCGACGUCUUCGCCGACCUCUGCGUCUACUUCUUCACCUUCAUCCUCUCGCACGAGAUCCUGCUGCUCUUCGGCUCGGAGGCGCCCUGAUGGCCCCGGCCCCCUAAACCCCCCUCCCUCCUGUUCCAACAACGCAUGCUCGUCUGCGCCCCCUGGUGCCUGUCUGUCGUCGACGGUCUGGAAAUGGAACCCCCGCUGCCUUACGAUCAGGGCCGCACUCCAACGCUUGGACAACCUCUCAUUGUUUUCGCUCUUGGGGACUGAGCCGACCCAGCCUGCCGAGGCCGCCGGAGCUGCAGAGCAGGCCGUCUGUCCUCUGCGUACGAGCGAAGAAUGUAUCGUCGUCGACUGUGCGUCAGGUUCAGCACAGAAUGGUGUUGCACUGGGCGACGCCCACUCUGUUGGGGAACGCUGCAGUUUGUUGACGGGCUGGGUGUUGUCUGUCAUUUAACUUCAGAUCACACUACGCAAAUCCAUCCAUCCAUCUUCUUACCCGCUCAGCCUUCAUUCCAGGCGGUUUGUUGCAGCACUCGGCGUGUGAGCUCCAAGUUGCAUGUUCUCCCUGUGCCUGUGUGGCUUUCCUCCAGGUG